AUGCCCAACAUGAGUGACAACAAAAUGAACCUGUCUUUGAACCAUUUAAAUUUAUUGUUUAAUAAUACCAAUACAGCAGUUAAUCAUACUAACAACCCAAGUAACACCAACCCUGACAGCACAGGCAGCACAAGCAACCUAGGUAUUAAUGGUAGCAUCACCAUUACUAAUGAAGACAUUGCAAACAUUAACCACAGAAUUAAUUUGCCAAACAAUGGUAAUUUAAAUGUUAUUAAUAAUAUUCAUGAUCUUAAUGAUUUAAAUGAUUUGAACGACUUGAACGAUCUAAAUGAUUUAGCUGAUAUAACUGACUGGUCAAAUAACCAAUUUCAUUUGAAUGAAACUGCCAACAGCAUUGGUAAUAAUCCAUCUAAUAUUAAUGCCAAACCAAUGAAAGUUGAUUCAGAUUUUUUUAGUCAAAUCAAUACAAAUAAUAAUACUAAUACUACUAAUAAUACUACUAAUAACAAUAACAAUAUUCAACUUAAUGCUAACCCCAAUAAUGAAAAUUUUCAUCGUGAUAAAAUCAAUAAUGAUUAUACUGACUUUUCCUUAGACUUGAGCAUGAAUGAAGUUUUCAAGUAUCUAGAUGAUCAUAAUAUCAAUAAUAAUACAAUCAACUCAACAAACAACUCAAUAAAUAACUCAAUAAACAACUCGAUAAAUUCAAAUCAAUUAUUUAAUUCAGUAAUUGAUUCAUCUGAAACAAGUAUCAAUAAUAGUUCAGUAAAUAAUAACGAGCUCUUUUCUCCUUUUGAUAUUCACCAUUUUCAAAAUAAUUAUAAUUCAAAUAACUUAUCUCAUGUUAAUAACAAAAAUUUAAACUAUAAUAAUAUCAACAGUUCUACUUUAAUCUCAUCGGACAAUCUUCCUGAUGUCUUUUUCACUCCCUUAUUAUCACCAGCUAUCACUCCUUUAGAAUCACAAUUAGUUAAGGGUGCAACUAAUCCUUUAAACAAUAACAGUCAAAAUUACCUUAAUAGUAGUAGCAGUAGUAAUAAUAGUAGUAAUAUUAACAAUAAAAACCCAAAUAAUAUUACAAAUACCUUUGUUCCUUUGACUUCUCCUGCUAUUCAAGCUUUUAAAUCUCCUGCUUCAUUUAAUAAUAAUCAUAUUUGUUCAAAUCAGCAAUCCUUGCAACUACAACAACAACCAGAUUCAGCUCCGGCUCCAGCUACAACUCCAGCUCCAGCUGCAACUCCAACUCCAACACCACCACCUCCUCCUCCUCCUCAGCAGCAACAUCAAUUUUUAUUUUACAAUAAUAAUGCAAGCUCAUCAACAACCUCUCUAUCUUCUGUAUCAAACAAGAGUAUAAACAAGAUUACUAAAAGAAAAAGUGCAACUUUUACAAAACACUCACCACGACUACUAGCAUUUCAGAAAAAACCACCAUCUAUAGCCAAUUUAGAAAACGAUAAUGCAAUUAAUAAUUUUCAUUUUCCAAACAACCAAAACAAUCAAAACAAUCAAAAUAGUAAUUUAGAAAACGCAAAAAAUUCAAUUAAUAACGGAAAUACUAAUAAUAAUACUAAUACUAACACUAACAAUCCAAACACAGUUUUUUCAACUCCUGCCACAAUUAUGAACUUUAGAGAUAGAAAAAAAUCGUUAACUUUAUUACCAAAGAAUAAUUUAAACAACAAUGUUAAUAAUAUGAAUAUGAAUAUGAACGUCAAUAAUAAGAUAAUUGAACCGUAUCAUAAUACAUUUCAAAUAAGUAAUGAAUAUUAUGCUCAUGAUAUCAAUGAAAGCCCAAUUUUAUUGCCAUCAUCAAGUCAAAUGGAUACAUUUUAUUUAAUUACUUCAUCAAAGUCGAAGGCUUAUUCAAAUCUCAACAAUUCAAAAAGAGAUUCACACAAAGUAGCCGAACAGGGAAGAAGAAACAGAAUGAAUAAUGCAAUUAUCGAGUUGGGCAAUUUGAUCCCUCAAAAUUUAAAAGAUUCUGUUGCAAUUCCAAGCAAAGCAACAACAAUAGAGUUGGCGUCGAGUUAUAUCAAAAUGUUGACAAAGGAAAUCAGCGAAUUGAAAGAGAAAAAAAGCCAAAUAGCCUCGAAGUCCAACAGCAAAUCUGAAGUCAAAACCAAAACCAAAAAGAGUGCUUCUAUUGGCAAUUCCAAAAUCUCUAAGUCAAAGGAAAACAAUCACGUCAAAGAAAAUAAAAUCAAAAAACAGGAUAAUAAAACUGUCAAAAACGAAAAUGGCAAGAUAACAGCUGGCACUAAAAACAGUGUCGCCGAUAAAAACACUGUUGCUGAUAAGAACAGUGGCAAAUCAACCAAAAUUGCCACCAAAUUGCAUGAUAACAACGACAGCACCGGCAGCAGUAACAACACCACUCAUGAGCAGCACUUGGACGAGGAAAGGACAAAGCUCUGCUCAAGCGAUGAGGACUCAGUCGAAACCAUCAAGGAAGACAGAAAGGCAAACGACAGCCUGUGA